AUGGAUGAGUGCCUCUUUAUCAUCGAUAAUAGAUAUAAGGUUCUUAAACUUAUUGGCGAUGGCCUUUAAGCAUUUGUCUUUGAAAUUACACUAUUAAAUCCACUCUAAGGCACUUAUUAUCAGGAUAAAAUAAAUUAAAAAUUCGCUUUAAAGGUUGCUUACAAAAAAGAAUUUAAGCAUUUACUUUUUGUUGAAAAUCUGAUAUAGACAAGGCUGCAGCAUAAUCCGGGAUUCUUAAAAAUACAUCAAUACAGAUAAAAUCUCCAAAUUACAUAGAUUAAUGACAAAAAUAGAAAUACAUAGAUGGAAUAAAAUGAUAUAAUAAAAGUGCUUAGCUAACUCUAAAAUAAAUAUCUUGACUGCCUUGUAAUGGACUAUUGCAACUAAGGCGAUCUCUUCUCUUAUCUCAGACAAAGGGGCAAAUUACCACUGCCAGUUGUCAAGAAUUUCUUUAACUAAAUCUUAGAUAGAGUAGAAAUCAUACAUGACUAAGUCAAGCUAUCGCAUAAUGACUUGAAACUAGAAAAUAUUCUAAUGGAAUAUGAAGAUAAAAAUGGUAAUGAAGAGACAGGAAAUAUCUAAUUGAAAAUAUGUGACUUUGGCUUCUCUUGUGGGAAAAACAAAAACAUUAUGCAAGCAAGAGGUUCAGAAGGCUAUAAAGCACCAGAAGUAUAUUUCGUGCAUCCAGCUAUUGGUUAUGAUGGAGUAAAGGCUGAUAUAUUUUCUCUAGGAGUUAUCUUGUUCGAUAUGAUAUUUGGACUUCCUCCAUUUUCGAGGGCCACACCUGACGAUGUUCUCUACAGACAAUUCUACAAAGGUCCUAAUUCCUUCAAAUACUUCUUUAAUCUACAUCCAAAUACUAAAAAUGACUUUAAGAAAGGGCUAAUCGAUUUCGAAAUCAUUGAAAUUAUAAUGUGUAUGCUAGAUCCGAAUUUUUCUGCCAGACCAGGGUCGAUUCAGGAAAUCCGAUAGUUCUCUUUCUUCAAAAGCUCGGAAAAUAAAGAAAAAAAAGAAAAUUUAUGA